AGUACUAAUCAGGGAUCUGCUGUUAUUUACGUCCAAGAAACGCAGGAAACAAAACCUCCUCCUUAGUUCUCUCAAUUCAAUUCUCACAAUGCUUAGAGGAGAAGAUGAAGACGCUUCAGAGCUCAAAAUCGGAGAGGAUUUUCUGAAGGCAAAAUGUCUGAUGAAUAGUGAGGUAGCCAUUCUUCUUGAGCAUAGAUAUGAUCAGAUGAAGCAAAUGUCUGGCGAUUCAACUCCACUUCCCCAAGUGUUUGAGAAAUCGCUGCAGUAUGUCAAGCGCUUCAGUCGGUUCACGAAUCAAGGCUCUGUAAAGCAAGUUCGAGAAGUCCUCAGUAGAUACCAGUUGGCUGAAUUCGAGCUGGCUGUGAUCGGGAAUCUUUGCCCUGAAACUGUGGAGGAGGCUAAGGCAAUUGUGCCCUCACUCAAGACCAAAGGACGUGGGCAUGAUGAUGAAGCCGUUGAGAGAUUGUUGAAUGACCUAUUAAUGAUUAAAAAGUUUGAGUGAUUUAUUGGAUAAAUCAAUAAACAAAUCCAUGCUUAUAUCAGUAUGUUUUAAGUAUGCAUGUUUAACUGUAAUGGUCGUUUGUUUUCGACCAGCCCACAUUAGAUUAAUCUUCAGUGAAUAAAAUGGCUUGUUCGUAUGCCAAUCGAUUAGCUGAUUCUUUCUCCGUAAGUUUCUCUUUAGGGUAGUUAAGUCAUCUGCUUCAAAAUGUAUUGCAUAUACCUUUUAGUUUUUCUUCGUGGACCAAUUUCCCUUUCUUUAUUUUAUCAUUUGACGUGAAUAAAAUUCUGUCUCAC